CGCUCAUUCAGCAGAGCAGCCCCUUUGCAUAAUGUUGAGAGUUCUGUAACUGUAACAACAUUUACUAGAAAAGGGAAAUGAUAAAUUUUGCAACUAAAGUUUCUGUCACAAUGAAGGUUGUCGCCCUUGCUUUAUUAGUUCUCCAACUGCCCUGGUGCAUUGCAGACGCAGAGGAUAAACCCUGCAAGAAAAAGUAUUUUGAUGGCAACAGUUCGUUUGUAUGCGAAUGCUCUGCUAACUACUGUGACACGGUGGAGAGACAUGCUGAAUUGAAACCAGAUGAGGUCAUCGAGUACAGCUCCAGCAAAGAUGGUGACCGCUUCACAAAGACGAUCCUCGCCAUGGAUAACAACACAGCAGACAUGUCAGAGGGUGCAGAACUGUUCACGGUGAAUUCCUCUGUAGUAUAUCAGACCAUCUUAGGGUUUGGAGGAGCCUUCACAGACUCAGCGGCUAUGAACAUCUUGAAUGUAUCAAGCAAGGUUCAGGAUCACCUACUCAGGUCUUACUUCUCCAUUCAAGGCAUUGAAUACAACAUGGGUCGUGUGCCCAUCCACAGCUGUGAUUUCUCCCUGUCCGAAUACAGCUACGAUGAUUACGAUGGUGACUUUGGUCUUGUCAACUUUACACUGGUAUCUGAAGAUUUUGAUUUGAAGAUCCCAGUGAUCAAGCGAGCCAAAGCCAUGAGUGAGUGGGACAUCCGUCUGUUUGCCAGCCCUUGGUCUGCCCCGGCCUGGAUGAAGACCAACGGCAUGAUGCACAAUGGGUUCAAUCAAGGCUUUCUUAUCGGCAAACCUGGCCAAAAGUACUACAAGACAUGGGCCAACUAUUUCAUCAGAUUUCUCAAAGCUUACGACAAGCUAAAUAUACCGAUGUGGGGCCUGACUGUACAGAACGAGCCCACGGCCGGUCUGAUUCCCUUCUACAGUUGGCAGUGCAUGGCCAUGCAGCCACCUAGAAUGAGGGACUUCAUCAAGAUGGAUCUGGGACCUGCCCUGCAUGAGAACGGCUAUGGACACAUCAAGCUCAUGUCGCAUGACGACAACCUACCUGGGAUAUUUGAAGACACUGAAACGGUUUUGAAUGAUACAGAGACUAAGGCAUACACAUCCGGUAUAGCACUACAUUGGUAUCAGGAUAACUGGCCAGGGGCCGACUACGACCAGCUGGAUAAAAUCAUUGAACAUUACCCAGACCAGUUUAUAUUGGCCACCGAGGCUUGCGAGGGAUACCAGGCCAAUGCUGAGCCGGUUAUCCUUGGAAGCUGGGAGCGAGGAGAGGCCUACAGCUAUGACAUUAUCCAGGACUUGAACCACUUUGUAUCUGGUUGGGUCGACUGGAAUAUAGCUCUGAACAUGCAAGGUGGACCCAACUGGGCCAAGAAUGAAGUGGACUGCCCCAUCAUAGUGGAUGCUGAGAAUGACGCAUUCUACAAACAGCCAAUGUUCUACCACAUGGGCCAUUUCAGUAAAUUUGUUCCGGCAGGAUCAGUGCGUAUUGGGCUGCACAGCUCCGCUAAUAAUGCCAGCCAGCUGAACUCGAUUGCAUUCAAACGUCCAGAUGGCACACUGGUAACUGUACUCCUCAACAGGGGAGAUAGUGAGGUACCAUUCAGCAUGCAUGAAGCCACCCAAGACGGCUACUUUAACUCAUCGGUUCCAGCGCGCACCAUCAAAACCUACUUGUGGAAGAUGGCUGAUCCCUCAGAAUCCUUCACAGAGUCUUCUGUAACUUCAGAACACCCGAAAGUCACAAGCGACGGCAGGAGAGUGAGGAGUGGGUUGGCAUGGGUGCUGGUCAUGGCUUGGAUCAGUGCAUUCUUUUCUUUGGGUUGACUUUAAAACAAAACAGGCCUUAUUCACGAGUUGGCUAUAUUUGUCCAGUUCCCUG